AUUUAAAAAGGAAAGUCAAUAACAGAUGCAUAUUCUAGAACAAACAGAAAACGGUCAUCUUUUUCUCACUCAGCAGCAACGACAGGGCUCUGAAACUUGGGCAACUACAAGGCCCUAACUAUAAAUAUCACAAGUUUCUUGCGUGCAAAGUAACUUCUCUUUUUUUUCUUUGCAUCAAGUCCAAAAAAUGGCUCCUCCAACAGCUACUCUCUCUGCCCCAAGCUACCCCAAACUCGCCCCUGUCCCCGCUCUUUGGUCUAAAGAUCCUAAUUUAAAACGACACAACCCGAGAAAUAAGUCCUCGGUUGUUGCAUUAAGCCCAAGUUUUCAGGCCAAUCCUCUGUUGUCAAGCAACAGUGGUUCACAGGGUUUCUUGUCUUCUACAGGCGCACGGUGUAAAACGAAUGUUUUACCUAUACGGUCGAGAUCUCUCUCUUUACCAAGAGCAUAUAAGGAUGACAUAUCCAAAUUUUGCUACCCUGUAAUAACCGAGAAGCCUGAAUGGUGGCUGAGGACUUUAGCCUGUAUUCCAUAUCUAAUAGCUUUGCAGACUUCCGGUACCGGAUAUUUUCUUCAUCCCUUCCUAGAACAUUACGAAAUGUUCGAAAACUUGAUUUAUUUCGUCCCGGGAGCCAUAAAGAGAUUACCUCCAUGGUUCUCAAUGAUAUAUUGCUACUUUGGAUAUGCUGGAAUUGUGAAGAACAAAGCUUUGUCUCGCUACAUUAGGAUCCAUCUCAUGAUGGGCAUGUUACUGGAAACCGCUUUCAAGUUAAUAUGGUAUACGGGCACCUUUCUCCCGCUCACACACUUUAACGGCAAUUUCAUGAUGCACUUUUGGGCCGGCAUUGGAAUCGGCUACAUCUUCGUGUUGUUGGAAUGUGUUAGGUGUGCUCUUGGUGGCAAGUGUGCUCACAUCCCUGUUAUUAGUAAUGCUGCAUAUAUACAUACUCGGUUCAAUGUAGGAGGUUUACAGAGACCAUUCUAGGAGAUCUUUAAUGGGGUUGGUUUUCACAGGACAAAAGCAAUUGCUUAGGGUCUAUUUGAGGAGUUGUAGAGUUUUUUUUUUGUUAAAAUGUUGUAUCAAAAUAAAUUUUUGGAGAGAAAUCCAAAAAUAGGUGGAUAAUGCAUUUCAGCGAAUUCGAAUUACGUUUGAAUCCUCUUGUAUUAGUAAUAUUGUCCACGCCAAUCGAGUUAAGACUCAAUCGGUGGAGAGAAACUUUUAAUAUUGUUUUUAAAUUAGCUUGUAUUUUACUUAUUCUCCUGAUAAUUGAAUAAUAAUUAUCCAUUGAUAAA